GUGCUGUUCAUUUGUAACUCGAAGAUCAAACUUGAUAUUUCUAAAUAUUUUGGGGGUUUUCCAAUUCAUUCUUUGUUGCAUUCGUUGACAGACAGAAAAUUCGUGAGUCAUUGGAUUAAACUCAAAAGUUCUUUAAGAAUCAUGAUCGAGUGAUCGUGUAAGAAGAAAAGUAUGCAGUUUAAGUGAAUUUUGUGUAGAAACAAAAGUAAUAAGAAGAGAAGCCAGAAAGGGAAAAAUAUCAUUAUUUAGCACAGAAAAUGAUUUAAAAAUAGAAGAGGGAAAGAAAUAUUUCAACGCAGAGAACUUCCCGAACAUAUUUUCAUCAUUUUCAUUUCAUUGCUUUAAUUGUUUGUUUGCCACACUUACUCAAUACUCAACUUACUGGUCUGGAGCUGUGAAGUGUUUAGAGAUAAGACAUUACUCAUCCUCAAAUUACUCACAUUUCGUCGAAAAUGUAUCGUAAAACUGCAAACAUAAAUGAUCUUAUCAAUCGCUUUGAAGUGACAAAUAAUACUGAUGACUUUGACAUGACUGAGAAUGUAAGGCAACAGCAGUCGUAUGUACGAGUAAACAGAAUGCAGAAUGGUGAUGAAAAUUUUGGCAAUGAUGAAAAUAGAUCGAUUGUAAGAGCGUAUAGUAAAACAAAUAACAUCGAUAGUGCUGUUUUUGCUCGUCGUUCAAAUGUGUCAAUGAGCGGUGUUAAAGAGUUCAUCAAACAAUUGCUGUAUCGUAUUAGCGCAUUACUGGAAAUGAUUUCAAGAUUUCCAUUCCCGCGAAUGAGUGUAAUGUCUUUUGGAUUGACGUCACUUCUGGCUGUUUUCAUUGCGCCGAGAAGUUUUACUGAUAGAGUUCUAUAUCCUGGAUUUAAAAUAUUAUUCACUAUAAUUUAUCCAGCAUACAGAUCAUUUAAAGCUGUGAGAAAUAAGAACCUUAAAGAAUACCUUAAAUGGCUGGUAUUUUGGAUUGUAUAUGCCUUAUUUACAUGCAUUGAACUAGUCACAGAUGCUCUUCUUCCGUGGUUCCCAUUCUACAAUGAAAUUAAAGUUAUUUUCUUGAUAUGGAUUCUAGGACCGACAAGUCGUGGUAGUAUGAAGAUCUAUAAAAAUAUUAUUCAUCCCAUAUUAGUUUCUCGUGAACAGGAAAUAGACGACAUGAUUCAAUUAGCACAAGAACAUGGCUACAUGCAAGUAUUCCGACUAAGUUCAAAGAGUGUAAACUAUGCAAAUAAAAUUAUCAUGCAGGACGCAAAAACUGAUAGCAGUUUUAUUGUUUCACACCAAUUAAUGCAGAACAUAAGUUUAAGUAAUUUAUCGGAUGUAGGAACAAUUCAAUCAGUUGAUGACAAUGAUGACAUUCACCACAUGAGACGAUAUUCUAUUGAGAAAAUGCCAAUCUAUGGAAACAAUCAAGUGAAUUACUGUUAUGAGAAUCUCGAGUCACGCCGCAAGCCAUCGUUUGAUUACAAAUAUGAUGGCAUGAUGAGUUCGGGUUAUUCCAGUCCCACAUCACCAUCGUAUCAUCACUAUCCAAUAUCACAGCAUCAAAAAGGAGCUUUUAUUGAGGAGAAUGUAGGAACGGAUAUAUCACGAAAACUCAAAGCACCAGAAUGCAAUCAAAUUGAUGAACAACCAUCGACCCCACGUCUUGAGCUUACAGCUGAUGAGAUUAUAUUAGCUUAUCGCAAGCUUCAAAUGGAGAAUGUUGAGAAAGCAACCGAAGCAAAGGAAACGACAAAGAAUGAUGUUGAUUAUAAAGAAUUUCUUAAAUGGAUGGAGGUGAAAAGGAAUAAUGAAAAGUCAGCAUUCAAAGAAAAUAAUUUGCCGCUGGCUACAUCAUCCAAUCAUAAGGAUGAAAAAAAGGUAAACGAUGAUAUCAAUGUUACAAGUUGUAUGGAUAAUAAAUCCUUGGUCGAUGAAGUCAGUGUGUCGAAUAGUAAAGCAGAUGAUGUAAAUGUAACUAAUUUAAUGGUUCAAAAGCGAGAAGAAAAUCUAGAAUAUCUUGUCAAUUCAUCAAGCUCAAUUCCAGAUGAUUCUAAUUUUUUGAGCUUUGAUGAAGUGGUGACAAAUGAGCAACUAGAGACUACAAAAGUUGGUGACACAGUCAUUGAAACUGAUAAGACUGACCAAGAAGAAAUAGAAUUUGAUGAAUUUAAGGAUGCUGUUUCAGACGAUGAACAUAAAGAAUACCUAAAGAUUCCAUUAAUUAUUCAAGAAGAUAACGAAGCGACAGAACUAGACGAAGAAUGCACAAAUAAUGAAUUGAAAAUAAUGAAUGAAGAAGUACAAACAGACACGUUAAUACCAACAAUAAUUGAAGAAUCAGUCACCCACGUUAGCGAUAUAAAUAUGAACGUAAAAGAGACUGAAACAAAUACCGUAAAUGCAAAAAUUAUGCUCACUAAUGAUCCGUUGCAAAUUGUUACACACUUAUCAUCAUCAAGUGUCUCUUUAGCAUCGUCAUUAGAUGGAAGUGAGAAUAAAGUAAAGCGUCCAGCAAAACACUCAAAAGGACGUGCUCCACAACCACCAGCACCAUCUACGUCGAAUGUAAUUGAAGGAUACUAUUAUGAUGAACUAACGCAAAAGCAUUUCAAAGAAACGGAACUAUAGUGUCUAACAUAGAAUGCCUACUCUCUACUUACACACAGUACGCAAAAAAUUUCAAUUCAAGGCGAGAACUUUCCUUUUUCCAUUGAAUUUUUUGUCAAAGUCCAACCACAAAAAAUGGAAAGCUGUUCAACAUCCAAAAACUUUUUUUUAUAUUAUGGAUGAUAAUCGUGUUGAGUGAAAUUCUCCCAAUUCAAUUGAUGUGAUGAUUCAUCCCACUAGAUACACAUUUUUUUAAAAAAUUAACGAAAUAUUCCAAAAAAGUCAUCUAUGCAUCCACCAUUUGUGUGUGUGUUUUUAGUCCAUGAAACAUAAAGACAGAAAAUUCUACUGACUCAUCUUGUGUAAUUUAAACUAUGCUGAAUAAUAUAUUAUAUAGAAGGAUAUAUGAAUGUGCAUUUCGAUGAACUCAUAAAUAAUCUCAUAAAUUGUGUGUGACUCUCUCUUUCUUUAUUUGUAAUAGAGGAAUUUGAUUACCAAUAAACGACUUUUUAUCCACAUAAAUGUUCAAUAAAUCGGCUACGAUACGAUCCUUCUGCAUGUGC